AGAGAGAGUGCAGCAGCAGCACUGUCUCUGUGUGGGACAGUGUCCUCCCGCUCCUCGUCUCCUCCUCCGUGACUCUCGGGUCUCAUGCGAUUCUUCAGACUCACAUUCAAGUGCUUCGUGGAUUGUUUUGAAGGUCGGUGGGAAACGGGUUCACUUUUAUUUACUGCUUUAUUUUAACAAACAGACAAAUAAAGAGCCUUUCUACCGAGGAAGUGGUCACGUGACUGAUCACCCAGGAUCAAUAAUCACAUUAUUAAUAAUCGUCUGAGUAAAGAUUGAGAGUUAACUCUGCAUACUGUCCCUUUACCACUGAGUCCAGGUCUAACUAGUCCUGGUUUAUGGACUAUUCAUCUCGGUAAGGGACUAAGAAGGGACCUGGUCUGAGGACUGGUGUUUGGAUCAAGCCUAGUUUUUGGACUGAUUCUGGUUCUAGCCUGGUCUGUGGACUGGUGUUUGGACUGAUUCUGGUUCUAGCCUGGUUUGUGGAUUGGGGUUUGGACUGAUUCUGGUUCUAGCCUGGUCUGUGGACUGGUCUUUGGGCUGAUUCUAGUUCUAGCCUGGUCUGUGGACUGGUGUUUGGACUGACUCUGGUUCGAACCUCUUUGGUGGACUGGUGUUUGGUCUGAUUCUGGUUCUAGCCUGGUUGGUUGACUAGUGUUUUGACUGGUUCUGGUUCCUGCCUGUCUCGUGGGCUGGUUCUGGUUCCUGAUCAGAUGGAGAAUCUUCCCGCCUCUUCUGGUUCUCUGGUUCUCCUGGAGGAGACCAAGAAUAACCCGUCCAACGGCAUUGAGUAUGUGUCUUUAGCAGCAGCUAACGGUUCCGUCCCGGGGUCGGGGCCAGGAUACCAGGAGCGGGAGACAUGGACCCGGCAGAUGGACUUCAUCAUGUCCUGUGUUGGCUUUGCUGUUGGACUUGGAAACAUUUGGAGGUUCCCGUACCUGUGCUACAAGAAUGGAGGAGGUGUCUUCCUGAUCCCGUACCUGCUCAUCGUCUUCGUUGGAGGAAUCCCGAUCUUCUUCAUGGAAAUCUCUCUGGGUCAGUUCAUGAAGGCGGGCGGCAUCAACGUGUGGAACAUCGCGCCGCUCUUUAAAGGUCUGGGUUACGCCUCCAUGGUCAUCGUGUUUUUCUGUAACACCUACUACAUCAUGGUGUUGGCCUGGGGCCUCUACUACCUGGUCAAGUCGUUUAGCUCCACUCUGCCCUGGUCCACCUGUGAUAACGAAUGGAACACACCCAGCUGCGUGGAGACCUUCCAGCACCAGGACUGUAAAAACCGCAGCCUCGCCAACAUCACCAUCACCGGCAACAUGACCUGUGCCCAGCUGGCAAACGCAAGCUCACCCAUCGUCGAGUUCUGGGAGAACAAGGUGCUGGACAUCUCGUCUGGUCUGGAUGAACCUGGACGUCUGAACUGGGAGAUCCUGCUGUGUUUAAUGGCCGUGUGGGUGAUUGUUUAUUUCUGUGUGUGGAAGGGAGUCAAAUCCACCGGGAAGGUGGUCUACAUCACAGCCACGUUCCCGUACCUGGUCCUCUUCAUCCUGCUGGUCAGAGGUGUCACUCUUCCUGGUGCUUAUGAUGGAAUCAUGUACUAUAUCAGUCCUGACUGGUCCAAACUGCCCCAGGCUCAGGUGUGGGUCGACGCCGGGACACAGGUCUUCUUCUCGUACGCCAUCGGCCUUGGUGCUCUGACGGCGCUGGGGAGCUACAACCGCUUUAACAACGACUGCCACAAAGACGCCUUCAUCCUCGCCUUCAUCAACAGUGGAACCAGUUUCAUUGCUGGUUUUGUCGUCUUCUCCAUUCUGGGCUUCAUGGCUGCAGAGCAGGGAGUGGAAAUCUCACAGGUGGCUGUGUCAGGUCCAGGUCUGGCCUUCAUCGCAUAUCCAAAGGCUGUCACACUGUUGCCCGUGUCGCCGCUGUGGGCGGCGCUCUUCUUCAUCAUGCUGCUGCUGCUCGGCCUCGGCAGUCAGUUUGUGGGAGUGGAAGGAUUCGUUGCAGGAAUCCUGGAUCUGUUUCCGGGACAUUAUCAGUAUCGUUAUAAGAGAGAGAUUGCCGUGGCGAUCUGCUGCUUGCUCUGCUUCAUCAUCGACAUCUCCAUGGUGACACAGGGAGGAAUGUACGUCUUCCAGUUGUUUGAUUAUUACUCUGCCAGUGGAAUGACUCUGCUGUGGCAGGCCUUCUGGGAGUGUGUCGUUGUGGCCUGGGUCUAUGGUGCUGACCGCUUCAUGGACGACAUCGCUCGUAUGAUCGGGUAUCGUCCGUUCUUCUGGGUCAAGUGGUGCUGGUUGUUUGUGACUCCAUGUGUGUGUAUGGGCAUCUUCCUGUUUCAUCUGAUCACCUACAAACGUCUGACGUACAACAACGUGUACGUGUAUCCGUGGUGGGGCGAGGUGAUCGGCUGGUUCCUGGCGCUUUCGUCCAUGCUCUGUAUUCCCCUCACUUUCAUCUACAAACUCUUCAGAGCCAAAGGCUCCUUCGCUGAGCGCUGGUCUUACCUGACCACACCAGUGUGGGGCGCUCAUCACCUGGAGUACAUGGCCCUGCCAGGCGUCGACAACAACAGGGUCGUCUUCUCCGAGACCGUCAUGUAGGGCGGCGCCCACUAUCUGUUUUUCUGUCAUGUGAUCAGAUAGAAAAAUGAUGUUGCUUCAAAUCAAUCUGAUGAUCAGUGUAAUCUGAUCUAAUAUAAUCUAAUAUAAUCUAAUAUAAUCUGAUGUAAUCUGAUGUAAUCUAAUCCGAUCUGAUUUGAGCUAAUCUGACAUAAUCUACAUAAUCUGAUGUAAUCUAAUCUGAUUUGAUAUAAUCUGAUAUAUGAUAUAAUGAUUUGAAGGAAAACAAAGGAAACUUUCAGCAGAGGCUGACAUGGUCACAUGACCACGCCAAACUCAGUGGGGGUCACGUGACCACUGAAUGCACUUUACUUCACUGAUUGUUGUUGAUCAAUAAUCUGAUCGAUCGUCUUCCUGCUCUUGUCAUCAAUCACCAGCCGUGACCUCUGACCUCGGGUCUGAACUCAAGGUUCCAGUGAGAUUUCAGUUUCCUCAUGCAUGUCACCGAGGAGGAUUAUUGGUGAAUGAAACUGAGCCGAUCUGUGAUAUUUGAAUAAUUUACUUUAAAAUGAAAAAGAAAUGACAUCUCAUGCACUUUAAUGUUGUUGUGGCUGAAAUCUCACUGGAUCUGACCUUUGGCCCCUCCUCAGGCUCCACCCCCUCAGGUCAACUGAAGUGCCAAACAGACGCUGAUUUCAGACUCACAGCUGCCAAUCAUGUUCACUGAGCUCCUCCCUCCCUCCCUGAGCCCCUCCCUCCACCACAGAGCUCCUCCCCUCACCGACACGUUUAAUCCAAAAUCAAGAACAAACGAAGAUCGUGAUGAAUAAAAAUGCGUCAUCAUGGAGACGUGAUGAUGAGUCACAUGUCCUCAGUGUGUCCCGCGUCAGUGUGGUGACGCCACCUGGUGGCCCGAUGGGAGCUGGAGGGCUCCGCCUUAUGUCGCUAUGUCGAGCUGACGCCACUUUCCCGCCAUCAGCCGUCUGUGGGGGCGUGUCUACAACUGACUCCUAGCAACCAGUCACACAGCGUGGGUGGGAUUUACGAGGACGUCGUUUGCUGCACUUUAAAAAAACAUUUCACAGAUUUAUCAAUAAUUAUUGAUCAUGUGUGAUCGUUCAUAUUUUAAAUGAGUAAAUGUCCGCGCUGCCGUCUGCCACCAGCAGGAUGCGACUGUGGGAGGAGUCUGUCUUUAUGCCCAGCCCACGCUUUGUUGUAACAGUGUCACUUCCUGUUUAUGUUGUCUUUCUGACUGCAGCAAAACAAAAGUUAUUGAUUAUAAGUAAUAUUUACACUAAUGAGACGCUAACGAGAUGCUAACGAGUCACUCUCUGAUGAUGUCAUUUGUUUCAUUAACCUCUGACCCUGCAAGGGUCACAUGUUCCAAUCCACUGUGAUCAUUGUAGUUUCUUCAGCAAUAAAAACAGCAGAUUAACACUU